GUACUGAUCCGUGCAUGUAUCCAAGCAAUUGCACGAGAUUUUGAAUUGCUGAUCACCGAUGAAUGGGAGAAGAGUUGGUUGGCACUCGAUAGGGACCAGAUGAUUGAAAUACUCAAAUGCAAUCAACUAGUUGUCGCAAAUGAAUAUCGUCUAUGGGAAGCGGUGAUCCGAUGGCUGCAAGCACCGAAUCACCCGGAACGACGAGGUACCACUGCCAGCCCACUACUUUCGUCACUACUGCCGUAUAUUCGAUUUCCGUUCAUGACUGCCGAUGAAUUGACUCAUGUGGAACGUUCUCAGUUUGCCGAAUGCUAUCCGAAACUGUUUCAUCCGCAGAUAUUGCUAGCCUACAAGUUCCAAGCUCUUCCUCUUUCUAGUCGCGUCAAU